AGCUUUUUUUUUUGGUAAAUUAUUUGUACGAAAAAGUUGGGGAAAAUAAAGAUCGAUUGACAAGAAAUUAAUCUCGUUUGAUAUUCUGUUGCACCGAAGAUCGAAAUACCGUAUUGGAGGUAUUGGAGCAAUUAUCACUGCGUCGUCCGAGAGCCUCCGCAAUCGAGGACCAUGCCAGCCUCCCCGGGAAGGCACUCGCCUUCCCGGGGCCCGCGGGAAGGCGAUUUCAAAGCCGGGCCGGUAUGUGGGGGGCGGGUGCUGCAGCCCAAGGAGGACUUCACGGUCAAGGAGAUCGCGAUUCCCACGUCCAUGCAGAAAACCUUGAUCUUCGUGGUCGACUUGUCCGAUGCAAAAUUGAUGGACCCGGAGCUGAAAUCCCUGGACGACAUGAAGGACGACUUGAUUGACGCCAUGGGAGUUGCGAGCAGCAAAAAGGAAUUCGAAGUCAUUCUCGCCGGGUACGAGGGGCACGAGCGCUGCGAGAUCGUGGACACGCAGACUUUGCAGGGAUUCUUUGAGCGAAUGGAAAUUUCCAAGGAAGACGACAGCAUGAACGCCCUGUUUUCCUCCGCCAAUCAGGACGGGAAAGGCGAGAAACUGAACGCGGACCAGGUGUACGGUCCGAAUCCGGCACACAACAACGACCCGGCCAAGAAGGCAGCGCUGGAAAAGGACUACCCUAAGCACAAGUCCGACGCGCUCGACGAGUUGGUCGUUACCAAGGAGCAGCUGGCGGAGCUGCGACUGGGCUCGGUGAUCACGAAGAUCCAGAUGCAGAAGUUUCUGAAGCGGUUACUCCAGAUCCAGAAGGACUCGCUGCAAAUGAACUUCGAGAAAGACACGCUGCGACACGCGCUGCAGCAGUCCGAAGAAAAGGUGGAUGUGCAGAAGGAAUUGGUCGUGCAGGAGCAAGAGAAGUACUUCGCCCUGGAAUCGUCCAUCGAGGAACGGGUUUUGGGCGCGAUUGCGGAGGCACGAACGGUGUUCGAGCAGGACAAGCAAAAGGAGAUGCAGAAGCAGCGAGACGACCUGCAAGCCAAAUUUAACCGGGAGCAAGACCAGAUGCUCGCGGAGGCGGAGCGAAAGCUGAAGGAGUGUGCGGCACCGCUGGAAGCCAAAAUUGCCGAGUUGGACACUGCCCUUCAAUUGUUCUACUAUUAGUGCCUUUCUUGCCAUGUCUAGACGUGCUUCACUUCUGAGUCAUGUUAACGCAAUUUGUCAGGCGGCCCUAUCAGGUUUCAGUAGCACUGUACUGCUAGUUCAACUUCGUGUUUUGUCUCUCCUCAAGAAAAAAAGAAAACUGUAUUAAGCACUUUGGUAAAUAAGAGUCGAAAUACUUACACAGGCAAGCGGAAUCGCUGAAAACCGCGGAGGCAGAGCUGAAAGCGUCGAUAUGCAUUGCAAAUAUCGAUCUGGGUCUGGAAGGCUGCAGCUGCAACUUGUGAUGCCGCUUGUCGGAUUCGAAAAAAUAAAAAUCUGUAUUGCAUGACCUCCAGCAAAAGAACAAGUCCAGUUUGGGCUACGCGGUGAGGGCAUUUCUCAUGCGGAAUAGGCAUCAGGAAGCCGAAGCCGGCUAAAAAUCUAAGUAUGAUGCGACGCCAACAUCACAGACACCAGGGGUCAUGUAAAACGUGCAUGGCAAGCGUUGCACCAUUUUUCAGAGGACCCAGACAUAUUUCCAUUUGAUAGUCGAAGGACGGGGUAGAAAAGAUGACGAAGGAGCUGGAGGUGGUGAAAAGCGAGAAAGCCACCGUCGAAAACCAGUUGAAGUUGCUGGAGUCCGAGUUGGGGGCAGCACGAGGUAAGUACGUACUAGAUGAUGGCUGCGAGACUUUUGUUCGUUUUGAUGUCAACAUCCCUGUACGCGGUGCGUUUUGUCUUUGUGCACACUAUAGAUAUCUCCUAAAGCAGAUAUAAAACAAUAAGUACUUGCAACUGGUGACUCUGACAAGAUGCUUGCUUCUGUGAGAAAAGACUUUCGGCGUGAAAGAUUUAUUUAGAGUCUUACAGUUUUCAACCUGUAGUCGAUAUUAAAAACUUGAAACGAUAUGGUCAAUGGUUUGCCAUUCCAGCAGACGCGUCUGAAAUACGUCGGAAAAACUACACCCACUGAAAUUGUGUUGGACGACAAAAUUACUUCCAAUCUUUUUUGUUUCGCAAAAAAAGAGGCACACGCAAAUUAAUUGAUAAAAGGCCUAGACUCAUCAUUCAGUACUUGCAGCACCUGCGGCGGCGGCUCGUCUCCUCUCGGCGCUCCUAAUGCUGGCUCUUGGCGCGGUUUUUUUGUACUCUUGGAAAAUUUUUCAUUUUUUACUCUGCCAUCACAUGUUUUUUUUUCUGCGAAGCCGAUUCUCUUUCCCAUUAGCCGCUUCGCGCACCACACUUUUUGUCUGCCUACUGACCCCGUUUAUUUCACAAUGCGAUGACACAGCUCGUCCAUUUCUUCUCGCCCGGAAAAUUCUUGGUUCAAAAGUUUCCCUUGCCACCUGGCCGCGCUCACCUCUUCGCAGUUUCGUUUCAACUACUAUUUUUGGAAUCAGAAUCGGACUCAGAGGAUGAAAAAACUACAACUGCCCCAUGAUCAGAUCGCGGAGAUCUUAUUCUUCCAUUUCGCUCGUCCUGUCAAGUUGCUUGCCCGGGUAUGCAAAUGCAGCAGACGAUUUAUUUACUCCUCUGGUUUUGCUAAGCAUUUUUAGAUUUAAAUUUAUGCAGCUGUGCCCCAACUACAGAUCGAUGAUGAAGCUAUUUGGCAGGAGCGCCACCAGCAGACCGAGGGAGCCAGCCGCCACGCUUGAUUCACGCAGCUGCUGUUUUCCUAUUCCCGUAGGAAUUUUCGUCGAGUUUCGCCGUUCCUUUAAAGAUGCUGCAUGUCCUACUACCCAACUCGCACUGCCACGAUGGGACGCUACUCCGUCUCUUGCCUGCCUGUCACCGGCUCCUGUUUCUUGUGCAACUUCAAAAAUCUGCUAGUGAAUAAAGCUAUGACUGGGCGGGACUUUGGUUUUUUCGGCGCUGCUGUGUCUGCUGGAAUGCGCUACUGUGCAGCUUCAUGUUAGAAUAAAAGCAUGUGCUAACAAACUUUAGCAACUAGAAUUACUUCUAAGUUGUGUAAGAGUACACUUCUCCACCUCGUUGUCUUCCACAUCUUUUUCGUCUCGGCGACCUAGCUGUACUUUCCCUACUUGCGCCAAUUUUCCACAUUAUAGACUCGCUGGCGCAGUUGCAGGCAAAAGUCGAUAAGCAACUCGCAGAAGCCAAUGGUAUUCUACGUUUAAGGCAGCUAGUGCUAGUGUCUUGCUUCGUAGCGUUUGUCACCCAGCACCAAAAAGCCUUAGCACAGGAUGAUCUCCGCGAUUGUCAUGUUGUUACUUACGUAGAUUGCUAAAUAGCGCGUUUAGAAGUACUAGUAGAGUACAACUAGCCUGCUGUAAAAAAGAUUCAGAUUCUCGAAUUCCAAUGACUCUGACAGAGUACGCAGGAAAAAAAGCGCGUGAUAGAACGUUUCUUUCCACAAGGGAGUAAAAAGACACCGUCAUGAUCUGCUCAUGCGCCGCGUGACACCGAGAUUUGCUCUUUGGUCGUUUGCAUGCAGAGCUAGUACAACUACUGCAUACCCUGAAACUAUUUCGUGUAGAAACUAGACAACAGUACGUGUCUGAAGAUCUGAUUCCUGUGUGGCUAGUCAUAGGGGCUAUGUAGUAUUUUUUGCGUAAAAAUACACCUACGAAGAAGUUGGUUCUUACAUCACCGCGCUUUUUUUCUUGGAUACUGAGAAAGCCGCUGCCGCAGAGUCUGCCGCCGCUGCGAAGCUUGCUGGUACUGUCGUUUGCUUCGAUCGUUUUUCCUGUGUCUCUUUUUUUGUCGCGUGGACUGCUGGCGACACUGACUGCAACAGAAAUUUUUCUCCUGCAGACAGCCUCACCGCAGGACAAGCUCUCUUCUUAAACGUAGAAAGUCAGACUCCUAGACUCUCGACGGCGCCUUAGCGCUAGCCUCACGCAUCACAAAUCACGCUUUCGAUCCCGUUUUACAACUACGCAUCGCAAGUUUCCAGUUUAUUCCAAUCACACUAAAGCCGCCGAAGAAAAGAAGAAGCGGGAGGAGGAGCGCCGAGAGCGGGAGGCCGCCGGUUCGUUUGUUUUUUCCAAAAGUUUUCUUCGCCUUCUCUAUAUCCAAUCUGUACACACGACUGCUUUGACGAGUUCUUGUUGUUUCCCUAGACCAAAUCUGUCGCUGCAUUUCGUCGCAGGACGCUGCAGCGUCGUGUCCUGUCGACGCUGAUGCAAUCAGCCCUUGUUUUGCGUCGAUUGUAUCAAUCUUUUGUUUCUCUUAUUCCACAGCCGCCAAGGCCGCAGAGGAGCGCAAGAGGCAAGCCGAGGAGGCCGAGCUGCAGCGUAUUUUUCUUUCUUAUUAGAAGAUUUUCAGUUUAUUAGCGGGAGCGCUGACUAGAACUUAAGUUACGCACGAUGACAAUAUAUAAAGUGGCGAGCGCGAGUGCAUGCAGGUGUUGCAUGACAAGGAACUCUUCAUGAAAGACCGAUGAAAAUAAACAGGUAAGCAAGCGGAGGAGCUGGCGAAAUUAAAAGAAGACAUGGAGGUGCUCGCUAAGUCGUUAUGUCAUUGGAAAAAAAGGAGUGUAACAACGAUUUUUGCAGCCCGCCUUUCUCCAUGUGAGGAGGGACAGCAGUGCGUUUGUUUUUUGUCAUGCGACUAUCAGAAGUACGCAUGCCAGUGCGUCUCCCUCUCCUUCUUCUAUUUGUAUGAUUACAACCGGUGCAUGUGCAGAAGUAGCAAGUAAGGACGAUAGAUUCACUGUUGUUUUUCGCUUCUUUUUUUUUGUCGCAUACUUGCUUGAAGAGGCCUACAGGAUAUUCGACGACUACGGCAUACCAAUCCCCGGCAGGACGACGCAAGGCCACGACGCGCGGACGUUUAAAUGGAAAAUCACGAAGCUCGAGGAAAAAAUCGCGGAUUACGCAAAGGACCGUCCGUAUGGGAGUGUCAGGUUUGAAAUCGUCAAAGUUGAAAUAAUUUGUAAUGCAUAAAAUGCAUGACCCGAGGCACGUGUGUUGCAGAGCAGGCAAGGGAGGCCGAUUGUAAGCCUGUUUGUGGUUACAGCUCGAGCUGCUAAAGUAGCAUGAGAAAAUCGCUCUUCUUUGCCUAAACAGCAUGACAAACUAGACUUAGGGACCACCGAGAUUUGUCAUGCGCCAGUUGGAAACUGGGUUCCAACUGGCAUCCAUUCUAUGCAUGACAAAUCAUUUCAACUUCGUCGAUUUCAACUCUGACACAUCCAUAGUCCGUGCAUGAGUCAGGAGUUCACCCUCUGGGGGCUGCGGGGCAUGCAGGUGGAGUGGUACCCAAACGGCGUGGAGAACUCGUUCCCCGGCUGGUCCGCGGUCAAACUGAGGAUUCCAACCAUGCAGAGCAGGUGCAAAGUCUCGGUCAAGUGGAGGGUCAUAUUUGGCAACAACUUGUGGGUACAGAGUGAGCUUGUUGUUUCACGACGAUUUGUCACGGACAAAUGUGUAGUACAUGUUUGUACUAGUACUGGUCCUGCUGUUGACUGUAUAGUACUUACCCGUUAAUAUCCGCAUGCUGUUGACAAAAAUUAUGUACCAUCAAACACGACCCAGGUCGGCCCCCGCACAGACGAAUUCUGCGAGCAAUACUGGUGGUGCCGAAAGGGCGUCAUAAACUGGCCCAACUUCGUGAAAACAGAGCUUUUGAAGCAGCAGAUAGACGAGAAAGGAGCAAUCACCAUGACGAUCGAUAUCAUCAAAGCCACCAUCACUCCGGUGGACGAGCGGGGAAUUGCCCUGUCCGGCCUCCCAAAACGCAUGCCGCAAGUGCUUGGUACUGUUUUUUUGAUUUCAUUAUCGUUUCUCUUAUAAGUGUGCAAUAAAAAUAAUGCAAUAGAUACUUCUGCCAACGCCAAGUGAGUUGUUUGAUAAGACUUGGUUGUUGCACAAAUAAAGACGAUGUUUAUUCAAAAAAGGAACUCUUCAACAACAAUGUUCUAUCUACAGCAACGCAAUCCGCCGCACAGCUGCACAGUAUUGCACUUGGUGGCGGUUUCAAUAGUGUGCAAAGCAAGACCGAGCUCGCCGACUACGACAUACAGCUGAUUAUCUGCGGCGAACCGUUUGACGACCCGCAGCUCUUCAACUUAAUCAAGCGAUACAUCAAGCAGACCCACUUGGCAAUCGAUAACAACGUCCACGGCAUCAGCUCCAAGAACCUGGACUCACCACGGUAUACUACAAAAAUAGUAUUGUUUUUUUUUUUCGACGAAUACGUGUUUGUCGUGGUCCGUUGGCUCGGUUUUUAUAUUGCACGACGAAACACAUGAGCGGUUGAUUCGGGUACUUUCAAAAAAAAAUGAUAUGUGAGAAUAGAGGUGGAGAAACAUCAAAAGAAAAACAAAUGAUAUAUGCAUGUUGAAGAGGACUACAAACAACACCCGCCAGACUACAUAGAAACUUCUCCACUGUCCUAUGAUUUGAUACGCUAGGUAUAACAGCAGCCCAUGCACGUUGAGACCGCGCACCUCGCAAUCGCCGGCGGGGAGUUCCGCGAGCCGACCCAGGACGCAGGGGGGAAACGCGAGCUUGGCCUGGGCGAGCAGUCCAACGCAGCUGAGAAACAGCGGAAACUCGCUGAUGCAGAGCCCGACGCAGCGACCGGGGACUAGUGCGGGGACCAUGCUGUUACCCUCCAUGGACAACUCGAGACACAACCAGAGCACCAUGUCCGGUACGAUAAGCAACCGGGACGAGUUUUUCUCGCCGCUGAGCAACCCAAAUUCCACCCAGUUCUUCGAUCAGUCCUCCGGAUUUCCCAGCCUGGACGCGUCACCCGCUCGGAAACGGAUGGGCGGGCUCCCGUUGAGUCCGACACGGUCGCCGAAGAGACACUGA